AUGGCGGGAGCAUACGGAUCAUUUAGGCAGCUCGAAGACAAACCAUGUUCUGCCGAAAUUCUCUAUCAAAAAUGGUCGCCAAAGAUGGAUUUGCUGGCUCUUGUGACAGUCGAGGGAGAAGUUUGGUUGCAAAGGUUGUCGUGGAAGCGAGUGUGGCUGAUUUCCGCCGCUGAAGGUCGAGCUGUAUCUGUGGCUUGGAGACCGGACGGAAAAAUCUUAGCUGUUGCUUUCAUUGAUGGGAAAAUCAAGUUAUUCGAUAUUGAAAACGCUGAAUGUGUUCACAAAACUGAAAUAGAAUCGACGCCUAUGUCCUUGGAUUGGAUAGAAGAAGGAAAAGAGAAGGUGUCAAAUGACGAAUCAGCUGAGAAAAAUUUGCCGUUUUUCGUGGAAAAGUCAGAACUUUAUCUGCCUUCGAUUUCUCAUCUACCAAAAUCCACAGGAGCUCUGUUUUACAAAGAAGUAUCACAAGAGGGCUCAGAUGAUCAUAAAAAAAUGAAGUGUCUGCCUGACGAGUUGAGCGUGUUAGCCAUCGGCGAUAAGAAAGGGAGAAUUCAUUUGUUUCUCUAUGGAAUUUUUCUCUGUGCUUCUCUUAAUACAGUUGAUGUCUUGCCAAAGCACUCUGAAAGUGAAGUCAUCAGUAUCAGUGUGUCACAUGACUUAAGGGUGCUCUCAGCUGUUGUCAAGACAUCUGUCCCAGGAUCUGAUAAACAAGUGGUGACACUGAUAUUGUAUGACUCUGGGUUACUGUCAUCAAGGUGUCUUGAACUUGCGGUAGUUGCCAAGAAAAUGGGUGAGGUCACCAACUUGAUGGAUUACUUCGAUAACACCUUGCAGGCCAUGUCUGAUGCUUGGGAAGACAUACUUCUGGAAAUGGACACCAAGUUGACGGAGUUUGCUGCUGAGCGUUUGACAGCUGGCUCAAGUGUCAGUGGUGAAUUUCUGACAUUGCUCACUCGUGGUGUAACCAGCCCUGAGUUGCAGACUUUCCUUAUCCAUGAUCUGACAGAAAAAGGCCUCAAGAAGCUUGGUCAUAGCAUUGAAAAUUCUUAUUCUAGUAUUCAAAAUUUGGCACUGAAACACUUACAGUGUGUGGCACAAUCCCUGUUGUUUCAUAUCACGGAGAUACAUGGAAUGUCACGAUGGUUUGAGCAGUUUGGUGAAUUGGGUCUUUCUGAUUUUGACAUCCAAGCGGCUGUAUCAAGUCUUGGCUCCAUCAUGUUGAAAACACAAGAGCUUGUCUUAGUAAUUGAAACCAGCCUCAAGAGCUUUAAAGCAUUCUUUCAAUGGCUUUACUAUAUUAUACUGAGUUUGUCUGAUGCAGAAAUUCCAGACUUUGUGAAACAGAGAAGCCAGCAAGAAAUCAUGCUUGUAUCAAACUUCAUUCAAGAUCAGCUUGUGGUCAACAGUCAAGGAAAGUUUACCUUGGAGAGAGUUGGCCAGUACUUUGAUCCAAAGCCACUUACAGUGAAGCCUCCAUUUGGAAACAACGACUGGGCCAAGUUUGUGGAGAAUCAUCCAGCACUGAAGUCAAGUCCAUUGCUGAUACCUGAUGAGUCAACAGAGUCACUGGUCAUUCUUUCUGGGAAGCUCCAUGGACACCUUAAGAAGGUUUUCACUGAACCAAUUGGUGUCAUUAGCAAAGCUAUCUCUUGUUGGAACUGUUCUCCACUCUAUGAGAUGAGCAAAAGUGAGCAGUCACCCUUUUGUUUAGCACAGAUAGGAGGUCCUUUACAUCCACUUUUGGUCUUUCCUGAUAGAAAUAAACUGUGUAUCAUUUCUAUCAAGGCAAAUGAGCACAGAUUGUUUUUUGCAAGGAUUUGUGUUGAUCAUUUACCAUGUGACACUAAAACAAUGAAAUACUCAUUCUCGCAUGUCAUGUUCUAUGACUCUGAGUAUUUAACUGUUUUGCUUCAGCAACAGGAAGUUGAUGGCAUUAGUGGUGAUGAUGAUGACAGUGAAACAGAAGGGACAUCAAUUUUGGCUCAAGUUCCUUAUCAAUUCCUUGAUGAUAAAGACUUUGUAGACAUUGCUCAAGCAAAGCAGACAUACAUCAAUCAGUUAUCUCAACCUCCAGGAAUUACUGUAGGGUCAAGAAUUACUCAUUAUCGAAAGCUGAUUGGCAUGAAGGCUGGGUCUUUGGCUGUCAGUGGAACACGUAAGGUGUCAUGUGUAUUGUCAGCUUCACAGAGAAAUGUUCGAUUGUUUGAUAUGGAUGCCGAAGAUGAUGAAGCAGAUGAUGAUGAACCUGAAAAUGAAGAAUUAGAUAAUGCUUUUGAAGAAAAGCAGUGA